AUGGCAGUCAAGCGCACAAAGACGACGGCGGAAAUUAUCAAAGAGCUACAGUGUAAUCAUCCUACAUCACACCCUGUACCUGAGCACGAACUGACAGACCAAGUAGCUGCAGCAGUAAUUGCGAUUCCAUUAAUCCCGGAUUACAUAAUUUUCCGGUAUUGUCUUCAAGGCAGGGUGGUAUGGGAUAAUGACUAUUUGUUAGUGAGAGACCUGAGUUGGGGAAAUGAUGAUUGUAUCGAAUUGCGUGCCUUCAAUUUGGAUACAGGAAGUGAGUAUCAUGGAUGUAAGGUAGGAUGGUAUCAGAAGAAUGUAUGA